GGGGGCAGCAGCAUUUUGUUAUUUCGUGCGCAAGACUGAAACUGUAGUAUUUUUUUUUACUUUCUCGACCAUCUGAAAGCAUAAACCGCAACAUUAAGAACAAGAUUUUCUAUUAAUAUUUCAGUAAUAUAGAUACAAGAGGAUUAUUUUUAUGGUGAAUUUUAAAAACAUUUAAAAGAUAAUUUUUUGCAUCGUUAAAAUCGUAAACAAGACAAAAUAAAGAACAUUUUAAAAACAUUAAUUGAGCAUAGAGCAUACAAGUAAUUAAUUAAUUACAAAAAUGUCAAAGCCGGUUUACGAGAUUGAUUUUCAAAAUCAAAUUGCUGGAAAUAAUAAUGCCACUCAAUCAGCACAAAAUCUUCCACAGUUUACACUACAAACUCCUCAAACGCCCGGAGCAAAUAUCUCUAUAAACACACAGCAAAAGGAACUGAAUGUCCUGACACUGUGUCGAAUUGGACAAGAAACUGUACAGGAUAUCCUAUCGAGAUUUCAAGACAUAUUCAGUACUUUGAAAAAUUUACAACCACCAAAUGGAACUCAAAACUCGGCCGAUGAUAAAAAACAAAAAAUGCAGGAUCAAUUUCGAACCAUUCGUUUACUUUUUAAGAGACUAAGAUUAUUAUAUGAAAAGUCAGAGAAUUCUGAAGAGUAUAUAGAGAUUGAAAAUCUUAUACCGUAUAUAGGAGAUACAACAAACACAAUUGAACCAAUGUCAAAUGCUGAAGAAUAUGAGAAGGCAUUGACUGAAAAUCGGGAAUUGAAUGAAGUAUUGCGUGAGAAGAACCAACAAUUAAAAGAGAUAAUUGAUAGGAUACGAAACAUAAUAUCUGAAAUUAAUACUAUGAUGUCAUGCAGAAGAUGCUAA